AUGUCGGACUUUGCAUUCAAUGAUUACUGUAUAGCGUGUGACAAGUUGUGUUCGCAGAAUUCGAUUUACUGCAGUGACGAAUGUAAAGCGAUAGAUGAAAAGCAAUCGAUGACAAUUUUAGACUCAUGUGCUGAAGGAUCGGAAGAAUUGGUGUCGCCUAUGUUGACGCCUUCAUUAUACCAACACUACAACCCGGAAUCAGGCGCCCAUAAUGGCGAAAUCACGUCACCAUUGGUGCUAGGUACUCAGCACUCGAAUAGCGACUUGGAUUACAACCAGUUUGACUUGAACUACGUGGUGAAUUCAAAGGGGGACACCACUACUACAAACACAGAUGUUUCGAAACAAAACAUACUAUCGGAGCACAUGCCGUCGACGUCACACAAUUAUAGAAAGUGGUUAACGGCGUGCUUGUAA